AUGGCCAUCCCAAGCGGACAAUCAGACAUGGAAGGGAAACGCUCAUUCCUGUUCCCUUCACCCAGCCAAAUCUUCAGAAAGCAAGCAAAGGGAGACCAGAUCAAUAACACGGAGCCAUCGAAGAAAGCAGCGACGGAUUUGUCGAACGGUGAAGGAAAGAAAGCUGCAAGGAGUUCGAUCCUGGGCACAUGGACUGCUCUGAAGCUCUGGAGCAGCGGUGCAAGCAGCCAGCAACAUCCAGCUGGGCGAGAACGAUUCAAACAGUCCUGCGGUGCACCUGGAACGGGUGGACAGGACGUGAAUGUGUCUGAAAACUCUCAUACCAUGACAGAUCGGCGGCCAAAAGCCAGGCAGCGAAACACAACCGCGAAGAUCGCAGAUGCAAAGGCCCUUCACCAGAAAGUAUGUGCGCUCACCUUAGAGAAGAUUCAGCUUAAGAAAGAUCUUGAAGUUCAACAUAGCAGGGUGGACCAAUUGGAAAGCGAAUUAGAGAAACAGGCUUCCCAAGCACGCCAGGCUGAAACGAGGUCCAAACAGGACGGGGCAAACAUUUUAACAUUGAAACGUCAGCUGCAACAGUCAAGAGACCACGGAGAGUCUUUGCUGCGAAAUCUCGAAAUUUGCAAAGACCGCAUCUUCCGUAUGUUACCCGUGGAAGGCAUGGCGGAUACUCAAUUGCAACAGCAAUACAUAACCCUGUGCAAGGGCAUCGAGUCUUGCUGUGAUGUCCACUUUGGCGAUGCAGAAGGUUUUAUCGCUGCUCUUUCCUGCGAUGAUGGAUCAUCAGGUCGAAUCAUCGGAACACAGUUGGGGAUGGAUUAUCUGUCGGAAUCGGAUCUAGUCCUUGCCGAACAGAAUCCAAACAUCGAGAUUCCAAUGAUGCAAAGACAGAUCUUCAAUUAUCUGCAUGAGACUUUGCUUGGAGCGGAAAGAAUAUUUCCAGGUCUUGACCCCGACACUGAGACCUGUCUGGGAAGGAUCAUUGACGGAUUGAGUGCUCUGAAGCCAGCAAAAGAUAAGGAGGCUAUUUGCAUGUGGAGAAUUGAUCUUCAGCGUUCCCUCAACACCGACAAACAACUCAAACAGCUACGCGAAGCGAGAUUGAACCAAAUUGAGGAGCACCUUACAGAAGGCGCAGCGGUGUUGAAGGAAAUGGGGCAGCAUGGUUGUUCAAGCGAACCGUCAUUAUGCCGGCAAAUCGUCCAAGAAGCAGGGGAUCUGGCAGAGAACAUCCGGCAUUCCAUGUCGCAGUUUGAUUUUGAGUUCGAAUUGGACCAUCCCGUGAUCAAGGCCGAGCAAGUCAAAGAUUUCACGAUCAUCGACAGCAGGACUGGCUCUAUCUUGAGUUCCUCAGCCAUUCCAGUGGUGGGUUCAGCCGGCAGAGUUGGCGAGUUUCAGGUCCUCGUGUAUCCCGCAUUUGUGCGCAGAUCGACGGAGUCCAGAAAGAAGAUUGUGCUCGUCAAACCGACAAUUGUGGUGGAGUUCGACCAACCAGUUCGGCGUGGGAAAAAGGAUAAGUCGUCUCGUUGA